UUCCGAAGCUCAGGAAAGAAGCAGAUGAUAUGGCAGCUUUGUGAGCGGCCAGGUGGAACUCGCUUUUGUUCAAUCGGACUGACAGCGGAACAUGAGUACACUGUAACGCGCGCACCGCAGCGGGGAUCCGGGGGCAAAGAUGAUAUACCUGAUAUUAAUUUCUGCUGUUUCUGGGGCCGUCGUCACGCUGCUUUUGCAGCUCUUCCUGUUGUACCGAAGGAGCCCCGAGCCUGUCGCGAGGACAGUGCAGUAUGUCAAAACAGUUCCUGAUCCCGCGCUGAAGGAUUACUUUAGUAAUCAACAAGCCGAAGCAACGCAGCAACAACAGCAAGACAUCACAUCCUCUGCCUCCAAGCAACCAGAGGCCGCUUCUCCCAAACAGCAAGAACCCAUUGUCCCCGGCAGCAGCCCCAAACAACAGCCGUCCUCGCCACCGCCUUCCCAGAGCGACCCUCUCCACACUUCGAAAGCGGAGACAUGCGAUUUCCUCAACGCAAUAUUUUUGUUUUUAUUCCGCGAGCUCCGCGACACCCCAGUGGUCAGGCACUGGAUCACCAAAAAGAUCAAGGUAGAGUUCGAGGAGCUCCUCCAAACCAAGACCGCCGGGCGCCUGUUGGAGGGUCUCAGUCUGCGGGAUAUCUCCCUGGGCAACUCUGUGCCCGUCUUCAAAACAGCCAAACUCAUGAAGCCCGUGGCUCUCAAUGAAGACAACAUGCCAGAGGAGCUGAACUUUGAUGUGGACUUGGAAUAUAACGGCGGCUUUCAUUUGGCCAUUGAUGUUGAUUUAGUAUUCGGCAAAUCGGCUUAUCUCUUUGUGAAGAUGACCCGGGUGGUCGGCCGGCUGAAGCUGCAGUUCACACGCAUGCCUUUCACGCACUGGUCCUUCUCCUUCAUGGAGGACCCGCUCAUAGACUUUGAGGUGAAGUCUCAGUUUGAGGGUCGUCCCCUGCCCCAGCUCACCUCUAUCAUAGUGAACCAGCUCAAGAGGGUCAUCAAGAAGAAGCACACGUUACCAAAUUACAAAAUUAGGUACAAGCCUUUCUUUCCCUUCCAAGUUCAGCCACCACUGGCAUCAUCAUGUGACCUGGACCUCUCCAUCCGAGACACCCUGUUGGUGGAGGGACGUCUACGUGUCACACUUAUUGAAUGUAGCAGAUUGUUUAUCCUGGGCUCGUAUGAAAGGGAGACAUAUGUUCACUGCACCUUAGAGCUCAGCGCUGAUGAGUGGCGGGAGAAAUCUCGCAGCUCCAUCAAAGAGACUGAGGUGAUUAAAGGACCAUCUGGGAGCGUGGGUAUGUCAUUCAGGCAUGUUCCGGCAACUGAUGGUGACACGGUACACGUGAGCAUAGAGACAGUCACCCCAAAUUCCCCAGCUGCCCUGGCAGACUUACAGAGAGGAGAUCGCCUCAUUGCUAUAGGAGGAGUCAAAGUGACAUCCUCUGUCCAAGUGCCGAAGCUGCUAAAACAAGCUGGAGAGAGAGUGAUAGUCUUUUAUGAAAGGCCAGUGCGGCACCAGGUGCCUACUGUUGGGUUAGUGCCGCUGCAGGAAGCCUUAGGCCCUAUGGAGGAGCCCAACUACCUUCCCCAGCCUGGAGGCUACGAGGAGGACCCAGCCCCAAUAACCACCAUGGACAUAACUGAUAACAGAGAAAAUGACUCUGAGUUUGAGGAGCUAAUCAUGGAGUCCAAAUCAACUGGAGCUCCAGUCAGUGUUGACUCUAAAGAGGACUUCCUGCUCUCUGUAAACCAAAGCCCCAAAAAGACUGUGGCGAACCUGGCCAAGCCCCUUGGGUCCAUCUCGCCAAUUCUAAACCGCAGACUGAACCUUCAGUCCCCACUCAAACCCCAGCCCAAAGAAUCACCAAAGCCACCAACUCACAAGACUGCUGAACAAUGCGAACAACCACAGAGACCAACGGUGCCCCCUCCUCCACCACCCGCACGCCCUCCUGUUCCUCCCAGGCCCCAUAUAAAGGUGACAUCUUCCACCUCAGAAACCCAAAAUCUGGUGGAAGGUAGUGAGUCUGCAGUGGAAAAAAGUCCAGAGAAAACACAGACCACUCCUAGCAAUGGGGACAAACCGGCAGAGAAAACUCCUGUUAAAUCACCAGAGCCGAAGCCUGUGAAUAAACUUCCAGAGCCUGUGGAAAUCCCAAAUAUUCCAGGCACAAACAAGCAAGAUUCAUCCAAAGACAAGAUAUCUGAGAGCACCUCCAACACUAGAUACAGUGUAGAUGAACAGGGUCUCUGGGAAUCAUCCGAGACAAUGUAUCGCAACAGAACUGCUCGCUGGAACAAAGCCUUUGUGGUCUUUGAGGUAGAAAACAACCACAAAUUCCUCAAUGUUGCACUUUGGUGCAAGGACCCCUUCAAGCUCGGUAGUCUCUUGUGCUUGGGGCAUGUCAGCUUGCGCUUGGAGCACAUUGCGAUGGAAUGCUUAUCAACAUCGUCUGCUGAAUAUCAGAGCACAUUCCGAAUAUGUGCCCCUGAACCAAGGGCAAGUGUCAGCCGCACCACUUUGCGCAGCUUGAGUACUCACAAAGGUUUCAACGAGAAACUGUGCUAUGGAGACGUAACACUCAACUUUACUUACCUGGGAGAUGGGGAAUCAGAUCUGUCCAGUGGAUUGACGGAACGUGAAUGGGAGGGGAGUCUCCUGGAAGAGGAGUUCAAAGACAAAGAAAAUAUACGGGAGCAGGUGCUCAUGGUAACUCGGGACGAACCGAGUUAUGGCAGCAUGCAGUUCGGGGAAAUGCGGCACAAUUUUCAGGACACUCAGUUCCAGAAUCCCACUUGGUGUGAGUAUUGCAAGAAGAAGGUAUGGACCAAAGCUGCUUCACAGUGUAUGACCUGUUCUUACGUCUGUCAUAAGAAGUGUCAGGAGAAGUGUCUAACUGAUCACCCUUUUUGCGUAGCAGCCUCAGACCGGCGUGGGGCAGAUCCUGAGGCAAAAUCAACCAUCAACCGAGCAACGACGGGUCUCACGCGGCACAUUAUCAACACUAGCUCCCGCCUCCUAAAUUUAAGGCAGGUGCCGAAAACCAGGCUUGCAGAACAGGUAGCAGAAAUGGGACCAGGGGUUGUAGAACCUUCUCCAAAGCACACGCCUAACACGUCUGACAACGAGAGCAGUGACACAGAGACCUAUACUGGGGCCAGUCCUUCCAAACAGCCACCUGAUAGCAGUGGCUCAAAACUGGUUCGCAAGGAAGGUGGCCUGGAUGACAAUGUAUUCAUUGCUGUAAAAGAGAUUGGUCGAGACCUUUACCGUGGCCUCCCCACAGAUGAGCGCUCGCAGAAACUAGAGUUAAUGUUGGACAAGUUACAGCAGGAGAUUGACCAGGAGUUGGAGCACAACAACUCUCUGAUAGUGGAAGAGCGAGAGACAAUUGACACCCGACGCAAGGCCCUGAUCUCUGCAGCUCUUGCAAAGUCUGGUGAACGGCUCCAAGCUUUGACUCUGCUCAUGAUUCACUACCGUGCUGGCAUUGAAGACCUAGAGUCUGUAGAAAGCACCUCACCUUCCGAGCAGCAUGGCUUUUCGAAGGUGAAAACAGAGGGUCUGGAGGAGGCGCUGAUGGGCACGGAGGUGUACGAUAGUGACAUUUGUAGUCCGGUUGAUGUUCCAAUGCUAGAUAAGAUUACAGAAAAGCAGAUCUGUGUAGAGGCUCUACCGUAGGGAUGACAAGGGGCAUCAGGGGCUUGAGACUCAAGAACAUAAAAAUGUCUCAUUUAUGGCAAGGCUUAAAAAUGACCCGUGAGCAUCCCACAGGUGAAUACGAAAUUUACAAAAGUAUUCAUGGAUAUUUGCCAGAAUAUCAUGGAAAUGAACUAAAGUAGUUUAACAGAUUUUAUUUAGUUUUUAAUUAUAUAUUUUUUUUUUAUAUGUAUAAAUAUUUUUUCCCAAUCUUUGGUCUCUUAUUGUAGAGGACUUAACCACCAUUUUGUAUACUUUCAGCAGUAUUACAAAAAUACAUGGAAUUCGGGUCACGUUCGCCUCAUAGAAUCCUGAUCAAACCAAGUUUUACCUGCCUUACCUGCAAUCAAUUUUUUAAUCACAAUCUUCAAAAGGGAGAGUCGGUGUGUGUAGCAUUAAUCUUAAAAUAGAUUUAAAUCUUUCUGCAUCAGUAGAAAUUGAAAUAUGUGCGUUGGUGAUGUUCAUAGUUGGAAAUACACACUUCUCUGUUUUUGUUUUGAGCUUCAAGCCCCUCCGCCUUAGACUAUGUCCACUACAAAAGGUAGGAUUAUAUACUGAAAAGCAGUCCAUAGAACAUGCUGUCCAGAAAGUGUAACAUGCCAUUCUUUCCUAGUGGUACAUAUUGAUUCCUAAACAACCUUGUACUCUCCUGAUCAGCACCUUUUAUCAUGUUACUUUUUGACUAAUUUAAAAAGUCAUUUCUGUAUUUUUUUUUCCUUCUUUUUUUAAUGUUAAAUUGAGAGGGAAUCCUCAGAGGAAAGAUAAUCUUGGAUACAGUAUACUAUUGGGAACCAUGUUUUGUGUCAUUAUAUUUGUCACCAAACCAAUGUAACAUUAUUUUCUUAUUUGAGGGAGUGUUAUUUAUAUUGCAUACAUGAUAUUUGUUUUGUAAUAUGUUAUCGAUAAUUGUCACCAUCUCAUUGUAUUAUCAUGUCACAAUUAAUUUGUUUUGAGCCUCUACGAGUUUAAAAAAUUCUUUCAAAUGAAAUACGAAUCUUUAUCAACUGAUGUUUCAGUUGCUUAAGUGGUUAUGUUUGCGUGAAUGUGUCUGCAUGUUAUAUUUUGGUUUAUGUAUUCAAAUGUCUUCUGUUUUGGUAAUCUGAUUCUGUUCAUUUUUUAGUUUGUCUCACAUCUGUGUUCGAGCAUAUUUUGCCACCUUUCAAAGUUAAUUUCACACGUAUACUAAUGAAUGUAUCUCCCAAACGACUCACUUUAAAUGUUUUAUUCCGUUCACCUCUCUACGCACAUCACGUCACACUGUAAAACUACAUCAUUAAAAACUCUCUUCAAAGCAUACAGUAUUCCAUAAUUCCAAAAACGAAUGCAUUCCUUUACAGUCUAUAGCUUGUCUGCUGGGCUGAUACACUAUAGUGCUUAUAUUCAGCUAGUGCACAAUCAGACUCAUUCUUGCUUGUUUGCAUAUUUGCAUAUGGUGUUCAUGGUACCACAAACCAGAAGGGAAACGUUUUCCUUUUGAAUCACUUGAAGAAAUAACAUUAAAAUGUUACACUCACUCAAUUAGUCAUAAAAAUGACUGAAAAUCUUUUGUUGCUUUCUUAAUUCUAUUUGUCUAGUUGCUGCUGCUGUUAUGCUGUGCUUCUCAAAUUCAACACCACCAACACAUGGACUCAUGUUUCUUCAAUUAUUUCAAUCUCACAAAAUAUUAAACACAACAUCUGCCUUGGCAAA